UUACCCUGAAAAUUAGUUGGCAACACCGCUUUGAAGGCAGUGCUACGGAAUCCCAGCAGUUGGGAGGGUUUAGUCGAGCGUUUUCUCCUCCCCUCCGUGUGUCUCCGCUCUUUCAGUCAUUCAUUGCGUCUCCGCAGGACUCGCAGUUUGGACGAUGUAUGUGUGCAGAGCAGCCUGGCAGAGGUGUGGGCCUCUCGCGCGACAGUCCCUGUACCGCGCACACCUCAAUAGAGAUGUAGUUCCACGGAGGCUCAUGUCGUUGGUUCCUGGCGGCUCUGGUGAGAAUUUCUUUUACGUCGUCCUCUGCGGUGGAGCCUUCGCAGGUGCCUUGGCAUAUGCUUAUAAAACAGUUUCAACAGACCACGCACGUUUUGUUGAUCGUGUUUCUGAAAUUGAUGCUCGUCCCAAGUCUGACUGGAAACCCAAAGCAUGGCCACCCAAGGGUGGGGAGAAUGGCAAUGAAGAAGCUGGUGCAGAGGAAGGUGAGGUGGCAGAAACUGUAGAGAGCGCAGCCGAGGAGGAUGUUCCUGCUGAGGCACCUGAGGUCUUGCUGGAAACAGCCGAGGCCACUAGAGGGAAGACAGGAACUCUUGAGACCGUUGUGGAAAAGGUUGCCGAGACAGUUGCAGAGACUGCAGAGGUGGUCGCUGAGGUGGCGGGGGUUGUUCAUGAAACAGCAGAGGAAGUGGCAGCGGUGGCACAGGAAGUGCAGAAGGUAGCAGAGGAAGUAGAAGCAGCAGCAAAGGCUGUUGAAACUCCUGUUAUCCAAGCUGAAGAGCCAGCGUCAGAGAGCAACGAAUCAGUCAGCCCAGCAGAAGCAGAACCAGCAAAGCUGGCUGCUGCCUCUGUGAUCGAGGCUGUUCCUAAGGAGUCUGUAUCCAUGGAAGAUGUGCCAGUUGAAGCUGUACCAGAGAAGCCCACUGAGGUUCCUACAACAGAUCAUUUGGAAAGUGAACCUGUAAGAGAAUUGGUAUCCGUUUCUCCAGUUGUAGAAGAGCCACCUGUUGCCACAGUGGUAGAAGAGGCUCCAGUAGUAGAGCCAUUUGAUUCACCAGUAUCCACAGAAGAAGCAUCUGAUGUCCUGGUGAUAGAACAGGAAAUAUUGGUUGUCCCAGUGACAGAAGAGACACCAGUUUCCUCUGUAACAGAAGAGGGAGCAGUUUCCUUGGUUACCGAAGAAGCUCCUGUUGCUGUGGCUGAAGAUGCACCUGUUGUAGCAACCGAAGAACUUGAGGAAACACCUGCAACCAAAGUAACAGAAGAGGUUAUUCCAGUGGUUGAGGAAGGUGUGGAAGUGAAGGCAGCAGAGGCUAUUGUUACAGAGGCUUCGGUAAGUAUAGUCGAUGAAGAAGCAGCAAGUCCAUUUGUGGAAGUUACAGAAAGUGUUGUUGAACCAGAUGUUGCAAGCACAGUGGUAGCUGAGAAAGUUGCUCUAGCUGAAACAUCAAGUGAGCCUGAUUCUUUGGAAGAGCCCAAACGAGACUACAUAGUGGUUAUCUUGGAGGGAGCUCCCAAAACAGAAAAGAAGCCCAUGGUGCUCGGUGUGUCCCCCAUGAUUGGCAAGAUCAUCUCAGCCCCUGAUGAUGGUGAAGAGCCAUCGGGACAGGUAACAGGGCAAGCGCCGUAUGCUUAACGUGCAGAUGCAUUAGCGCCAACUAAAAAAGUUGGGAGCAGUCAGACGUUCUGGGAUAGUAAACUGGUUCCCUGAUAAAGAAUUAGUGAUGUGCCUCGCCCUUUUCUUACUUACCUGACCCCCUGGAUUUCAGUAAUCCUUACACUGGGCCCAGAAGGCUGUUUCCUUCCGACUCUUUCCACUUACAUGCUGUCCACUGGAGAGUGGUUACUUCAUGUGAACUUUCACUUCACUUUGAUGUGAGACAUACAAGUUUGUGACCUAUCUUUAUACCCUUUUUAAAUGGAACUCCAUUCUUUUUGAGUCAACUGCACAUUGGAGCCUAUACUAUAGUGAACCCUACCUCAAACAUCACAUUUUUAGGACAUGUCUUGGAAACGCCAUGUCAAUAGUUACAAUACCAGCAGGGCUAAACAUUUGCCACAAACACUGUCAUAUCUGCAUGCUGACCACCAAUUUUUUGGUUAGACUUCAGGUUCUCCUCUAUCUUCAAUAUAUGCUAUUUUUCAUUUGCAUUAUUUAUGAAUUAACACCAUUUUUAUAUUUGUACCUCUCUACCUCAGCUUGAAAAGACAGUGUUCUCCUUUAACCAGUAACCAGUAUUAUAGUAACCAACUAACAUUACCAAUGUGACAUGAAUAGGUCAAAAAAACAACUGACAAACAGAUAACCUGUAUCAAUAUUAUCAAUACAACAAUAAGCCAUGUUACAAGUCACAUUCCAGUAUUAAUUUUAAAGGCUGACAUUACAAUAUUAUCCAAAAGGUAAACCCCACUGCUGCAUCCUUUGCCUUUGUUUUCUUGUUCUCUCUUAGUUUGUCACCAUCACCAAACCUAUUAUGAAAAUGUUACACUUACUUUGAUACUAGUUUUGAUGCUCAUUUGAUUUGAGAUUUUGGAAUGGUAGACAGAUAUACUAUAUCGAGCCAGAAGGAAAAUUAAUGUCAGAUUAAAAAAAAAAAAACAUACCUAACAAUUUUGUUUCUUAUCUCCUUCAUGUUUCAAAAGGGACCUUAUAAGUGUUAUAGGUAAGAUACAACUUUAUAAUGUGAAUGUGAGGGAAUAAUGUGAAGUAUGGUUUAGUAUAAAGGGUGUGUUCAUGGGUUCUUUUUGAUUUUGUUUUCAGGGUUAGGAAUUUAAUACACAUGCAUGUGCUCUUUUGAAGUUUCACCUUUCACCGUAGGCCCUAACUAGCGUUUUAUUUUAUU